AGCCGGGAGGGAGAUGGCCCGAGGGCGGCGGAGGGGGUGUGCGUGUUUCGGGCGGGGGCUGGGCCGCUCUCCGCGGCGGAGGGGGAGCCCAGCGCGCCGGCUCCCGCCCAGAGUCCCGGGGCCGCCGCCGGCCGCGGUCAGCACGGGUGACACGGCCGCCCCAUGCGUGGCGAAUUGUUUAGCCUGGCAUUUUCGCGAGCUUUUAAAACCGGGGUUUUACAUUGGUGAAGAGAUAUUGGACAACUGUUGACUUGAAAGCUGCUUUUAGGAUGUCUGAAGAUGAGGAAAAGGUUAAACUCCGCCGAAUUGAACCUGCAAUUCAGAAAUUCAUUAAAGUGGCGAUUCCAACAGAUUUGGAAAGGUUAAGAAAACACCAAAUAAAUAUUGAGAAGUAUCARAGAUGCAGGCUCUGGGACAGAUUGCACGAAGAGCACAUCAAUGCAGGACGAACRGUUCAGCAACUCCGUGCCAAUAUGAGAGAGAUGGAGAAACUCUGUUUGCGAGUCCGGCAGGAAGACAUCCCAGUUCUGCAGAGAAUGAUAAAUCCUGUGAAAGAAGAAGCUUCAGUUGCCAUUCAAGACUUCCUGCAGCUGCAUUCUGAAUCCGCAGAAGAACUUAAAAGGCAGCUCAAAGGACAGGAGGAUGCCUCUUUAACCAGAUCUGCAACUCUGGGRCAAGAAACUUUAUAUAGCACAGAAGUGAAGGACGGCUCCCAAAGUUUAAUCCAGAUCUGCUCCCGCCUUCCGGAAAUACCUCAGGAAGAAAAUGCAGCUGAGUCCUGGGAAAGUUUAGAAGGGGACUUGAUUGAGCUCAGCCAGUUGGUCACUGAGUUUUCUCUCUUAGUCUGUUCCCAGCAGGAGAAGAUUGACAGGAUUGAAGACCAUGUCAACASUGCUGCUGCGAAUGUUGAAGAGGGAACCAAAAACUUGGGGAAGGCUGCAAAAUACAAGCUGGCAGCUCUGCCUGUGGCAGGUGCAGUCAUUGGUGGAGUGGUGGGGGGUCCUAUUGGUCUCCUUGCAGGCUUCAAAGUAGCAGGAAUUGCAGCUGCACUUGGUGGUGGGAUUUUGGGCUUCACAGGUGGAAAAUUGAUACAAAGAAAAAAACAAAAAAUGAUUGAGCAGGUCUCUUCCAGCUGUCCAGAGCUUUCUCACCAAAGUGCCAAAAAAUCCAGCUGAAGUAUAGAUUCAUUCUGGCCAGGAACAACAAUGUAGUAGCUGAGCUAAUGACAGACUUGCAGCCUUAUGCUUUAAAUAUAAGGCUGAGUUUUGUGAAUUUUGAUGACAAUACUGUUCCUUGGGAGGGCUAAAACAGUUGUGUCAGAAUUUCUCUUUUAAGAUGUGGUAACAUCAGUCCUUUGAAAAUUAUAUGGAUAACUUUUAAUUAURUAAUUCUUAGGUAAGCUAUAUUCACAGCUGUAAUGAUGGGUGACAGGUGCUUCAUGCCAAAUUUGCACAAUGUGUCUUGCAGACAAUGCAAAAAGAUACUUGGAAAAUCCCAGUGCUUUCCCAUGAAUGCUAUGAGAAGCUGGAGCUUUUAUUAUAGUGCUCCAAAGAAAAGGAAAUAAAUGCCAUCAAUCUUUCACUGUCAUAAUAUUUUAAA